GGACAAAGAACGACUCAUUUCACGCGUGUUCGCCAUAUUUUGGAAUCCAGAGAAGAGACAUCUUUUUUCUCCUCUCGCACACGUGCAUACAAGGAACAUGAAUAAGGUUAUAGGCAAACUUACAUCCAUCUACAGUAUACCGCUUCCGAGAUCUUAACCAAAUUUUCCGAUUUGCAAUUAGUAGCAGCGGCUCAAAGACCCUUGGUUAUCUAGGAACGAAGGAGCUCAAAUAACUCACACUUUCACUGAUGCCGGCAGAGGCAGUUAGAAUGCUUGUAUAACCCUAGCCAUUUCUUCAAUCUCAAUUCGGACACCAAUACAGCGCAAGCUGAUAACAAACACAUUUCUCUGCAACUGUGGGCCCAGUUCUAUUUCGAGCAGCGCACGCACAACUACCUAUUUCUUUGCUCCAAUUCAGUACGAUAGAAUUACUUGCCGCGAUGGCUCCAUUCGUACCUAUCUACCUUGCUCGCUCUGACGGAAAGCUUGAGAUUGGCACAAAGGCGUCUGGAACGGAGCUUAACCAGCCAACCCAUGAGCAACUGGAUCGGACACCUGAUGCAAAAGGCGUGAGCGACUUUUACGUGCAACUAGUUGAAGGAGAUUCAAAAGAAAUAGACUGGAGAAGGAAGCUAGGCGGGCUUUUAAUGAGAGAAUUGAAGAAUGACAACGCGUCCGGAAAGUCCUACAUACUUGCUGCUUUGCCAGAAAAUUAUCGUCUGUUUGAGCACUGGAAGUUCACAAACUCUGAAACCGGCGGAAAGCCUCCAAAGUCGUCCCGAAACCACGCGAAAGGUCCCAACGACCGCCAGGACGCAUAUCUUUACGGACACCCACUGGGUCGGAAAAAGCGUUAUAGAAGCCCUGCGGAUUUUUUCCCACAUUUGCUCUGGCUUGCGACUGAUGAGGCAGGAGACCCGGGUAACUGCUCCUGCAAAAUUUGCUCGCCAGAGGACAUCCCUCUAGACGAAGAUGCGCAGACCGCGGAUAGGAUAAAAUUGGAGAGUGCUGCAAGCAAUCACGAUACACAAGGCGUAACCUCCAGAGGAAGGGAACCAGUAAUCGUUAUUCCGCGCCGCACGGAUCCUCAAAGGCCGUCAACCACGCCAGCGCAGAAUUUGCUGAGAACGCAAAUUCCCGGCCCGUCAUUGAGUCAACCUUUAUCAACGCCUACGAAGCUCACACCAACCCCACUUCCCCCUCUCCGGUCUUUUGAACAAGCGCUAGAUUCUCAGGGUAGAUUCCUUUUCCGCCCAGGCGAAAUGGUAUGGUUCAGCCGAGGGACGUCCUGGGGUCUGGCCGCCGUGGUUAUGCGCGAAUUGAUCAGAAAUAGUACUUCGGAGGUUCGUCCAAAAUAUGUGUUGCAGCCACUUUCCCAUCCUUACGGCCACCCUCAAGCAAUUAUCAUCGAUCAGGAGGAACUCCUUCGUCCAUGGCUUGCCUGGAGUGCCCCUCCACCAGGUAGCCCUGCCUUAGCUGUUGAUGGACUCAGAUUUGAUACCAUUGAUUGGGCCGCCGUGCUACAGGGACGAUACGGACGUGUAGAUCCGGAGGUUGAGGCCAGCAUAUUUGCAGCAAAAGCGAUCGAUACAUGCUACACUCUCAUUGACCCAAUUGAUUUACCCUCUGCAGUUCCUGGAGAAUGCAACUACAGCGGCAUGUUUAUUGGGGCCGAAAAGGUUUGGGUUGGAGAGCCUAUACGUAUAAGGGACGUGCCCGAAAGCGACAUAAUGGUGCUGCAGAGUAUAGUAGAGAAGAGACAGCGCCCAUUUUCCAACUCCGAGUCUGCUUCCACGGUGUAUCUCUACGGUGAUAUCUACACGCUCAAGACCGUCGAAUAUGACCCAAAUACGCUCCCAACGGAGAAUACAAAACUUCCAUCGCGGCUAUCUGAAGACGUUAAAUUUCGAAAUACAGCAACUAUUCCGACCCGAUCAUUGAUAUCUUUCUGGACACUUAAGCAGCCUCUGGCGCGGAUCUCGAUAGGGGACGUGAAGGGGCGCUGGUAUGAAUCUCGCACUUUGCUUCCAAUUCUUCGUGGCGCCUCCGAUUUUGCGAAGGAUUUGCAUCUCGGAAAUAUCACAGAGGCAGGUUCGUGGAUGAAUUCUCGAGGAGGCAAUUCCCAGCCAAGUGCUGCACAAGCCAUCAAAAAGGAUUAUCGGCGAGAAGCCUUUGGCGCAGCAGUCCCACCAAACUUUCAGAUCAUUCAGGCACAAGACAGCACACCCGUCGGGACCGCUCCGCCUACCCAGCAGGGUUUGCCAAGCAGCAGGACUCAACCCGUCGAGAAUACUAAUCCGCGCAUGGCACAAGGUAUUAUGGAAAGUGACAUUGACCAGUUUAUGAAUCUGGACACUAUGGAACAUGGGGGAUUGGCACCCCAUUUUGCGGACGUAGGGGAUCGAUAUUUCAGAGACGCAUUAUAAGAUUAAAAGAAGAGCAUAAUAGUGGUGCACGUGAAAAAAAAAGAAAGAACCUCAGAGGGCACAAAUGAAGCAAAUUCCAAUCGCAGCAAAACAAUAUCAAUUUCAAGUCAAGGUUUAAAAUAUGUUCAAUUCUGCGGACAAAGAAGCUUAGGUCUGGUUCCCGUUGCAUUGUUUUUAUUUUAAAUUUUUUAUUGAAUGAUUCACGGCGGCCAGGGUUGAUACCUUGAAUUCGUCUCAUCCUAUGUACCAUGGUCUCGACAUGGCUAGACUAGAUUGUUAUUUUCAAUUCUAGCACAGAAUUUAGCCAUUAGUUGGGCUUUUGCUGGCGAA